UAAGGAGCUCUCGAGUCAUUUCUCGGCGGCCAUGCUCUUGUAAGAAAACACAUCAGUGAGAAAAGUCCCGCGUCUUUAGCUCGCUUCUUAGUGAAAAAUCAGUGGAGAUUUUUGUCACGACUUUGCUCAGUCAAUCCCUCAUGCUACCUGGAGGAAUGUUUGGCAAUCUCGUGAACAAAAACGCUCGCGCUGCUCUCAAAGAGUACGGUGAUAUGAACGGAGUAGGAAUCGAGUACGAAAUGCUUGCUCCCGCCGGCCCAUCGCAUUCUCCCCAAUACAGCGCCCGAGUUCGGGUCGGGGAGAGCAGUUUUGAUGCAGCUACUGCGGCAACCAAGAAAGAUGCCAAAGAGUUUGCUGCUGAUCUUGCACUAAGAGCGUUGUCUCAAGAACCAGGAACCUUUGCCAUGUACUCCCCUAUCCCAGCAGUCCUUCCUGGCCUCUCACCCGAUGGCGCUCCCCACCCCCAACAUAGGACACCAGGGUUCCGCCCGAAGUACAACCAGCGCUACCGACAGCGCCCCAAAAACAACCAACUGUCAGCUCCACCUGACAAAGAUCCCGUCAUGUUGAUCAACGAAUAUGGACAGAAGAUGAGCCUGCAGGUAAAAUUUGAAGAUAGCCCUUGCUCAUUUCCUGGCUUGUAUGAAUCUAAAGUCACUGUUGGAACACAAGAAUUCGGGCCAAAGAGAAGUGCUCAGAAGAAAAUGGCCAGGAAACUAGCGGCCAUUGUUGGCCUGAAGGAACUGAUAAACUGGGAGCCAAAAGAGGGGCUUUACUACUUGAAUGAGGAGCCUGCUGUGCUGACAUCCCUACCAGGCCUGGCACCUGAGGGCUCAGACUCUGAACAGAAAGGCGUUGUGUUGGACAAAGACCCAGUCAUGUUGUUGAAUGAAUAUUGUCAGCGUAGUCAGCUAAAGAUAACCUAUGAGGACAAACAACACAAUGAGCCAGGCAACAAAAGGUCCUAUUCCUGCAAUGCCACUGUUGGGGACAGAACCUUUGAGUCUGGCAGAGGCUCGACCAAGAACAAGGCCAAAAAGGAAGCAGCUUUGCUGGCCCUCAAGACACUCUUUAACAUGCAGAUUCAGAUGCCUCAAUCAAGUAAAGGAGCAAAGAAAUCAGUAGAGGAGCGUCACCCAGUUAGUGUGCUGAAUGAGUUUGGGCAGAAACAUAAUCAAAAGGUUGAAUUUGUGGACCUAGGAUACACUGGGCCCGAUCACAACAGGACCUACUCUUAUCUGGCCACUGUGGGUGACCGUAAGUUUGAUUGUGGCUACGGCAGAAGCAAGCAGGAAGCCAAGAAAGAGUGUGCCAAGAUUGCUCUUGGGGUCCUUCUUGGGAUCCCUGUGGAACCAGGUCCAGUUCAGCCAAGUGAAUCUGUGCCAGGAGAAAAUGGUGUUGUCCCAAAACAGCAAGGUGUGAAGAGCAGGGUUAGUGCACUCUAUGAGUUUUGUCAGGCUUACCAUCUUCCUCAGCCUGAACCCAUUGAGGUCAAACAUGAGUUCCGUGUCAACCCUGGUUCCCACUACAUGGCGUUCAAAAUUGGUGAACAGAGCUACCCUCCAGGUGAGGGUCGCACCAAGAAAGCUGCUAAAGAAAUAGCAGCAGGCCAUGCCCUGACAGAGCUUGAGAAAGCCAACACAGGCUCCAUGUACUCUCCUGUUGGCAGCUGUGAAGGGGACCAGUUAGCUGCUCUAAGCUGGCAGUGCCUGACACUUAUUAGUAACCAUGCCGCAGAAUCUUGGAGGCUGGCUGGCUACAAGGUGCUGGCGGCAUUUAUCAUGCAGGAUUCUUCCAAUCCAAAGGGGACCGUCGUCAGCAUUGGCACAGGAAAUAAGUGUAUUGGAGGUGACCAGUUGCGGCUUGAGGGCACAGUAGUGUUUGAUUCCCAUGCUGAGGUGAUUGCCCGUAGAGGCCUGGUUCGCUUCCUGCUGUCUCAACUAAACCUGCUGUUUGAGAAGCCAUCUGAAUCCAAAAGCAUCUUCCUGCCCAAGAUCAAAGGCCAACAGAUCAAGCUGCGGGAAGAUGUCAAGUUCAGUUUGUACAUCAGCACCGCACCCUGUGGAGAUGCGUCAGUAUUUGUCAGUGAUACUGCAAGUGGAAGUGAGGGUGCUGACCAGCUGAUGUUCGGCAGCAAGCAGCAUGGUCUCCUGCGUACCAAGGUUGAGAAAGGAGAAGGCACAAUCCCUCUGGACCCUGAUGACAGCAUCCAAACCAUUGACGGCAUCCGGCGAGGCCAGAGGCUACGCACAGCAUCUUGUAGUGAUAAACUGGCUAAGUGGAAUGUGCUGGGUCUUCAGGGUGCUUUGCUGAGCAACCUCAUUGAACCGAUCUACCUAAACUCUCUUGUGGUCGGCAACCUCUUUGAGGCAAGCCAUCUGACACGUGCAGUCAGUGCCCGCAUCGAGCGUGAGGCAGUCAAACCCCUGUCCAGUCGACUGCCAUCUCCGUAUCGCGUCAACCUUCCCAAAAUUCAGUGCGGCCGUUUGGCUCCUGUCGACAGCCCACGUGAUGUGGAGACAAAGUCCAAGACGAAGAACUUGACACUGAACUGGUGUCUUGGUGAUGAGAAGCGAGCUGAGGUGCUGGAUGCCUGUCUUGGACGAGAUCCUAACAACAGGGUUCCCUCACGCCUUUCUAAGAUGGCGAUUUACGCCAACUUCCUAGAAGUUGCCAAGAAAAACUCUGAGUACAAGAAAGUGGUAGAGGCCAAGUCGUACCGUAAGGCGAAAGAUCAGGCGAGCGAUUACCUGAACGCCAAGAACACCUUCUUCCAGCACAUGAAGGAGGCUCAGUACGGGGACUGGGGACAAAUGAAGAAACCAGUGGAGCUUAGUCAGUUCGCCUAAAACCCACCACAGGGAGCCCGUGAGCUAGCGAGAGGAAUGUAGACUAACGGGCGUUGAAUAUUUUAGUAUUGCCAGAUAUCCCACAAGUAGAAAUGAAACUAAAGUAAAGAAGGCCAAAGUCGACGCAUUAACAGCGGCAAAACCAUUCCCUACACUCCCAAACCUUGAUGUGCCUAAAAGAUUUCACAAGCCUCCUUUAACCUCGCGUCAAAGUAAAAGAAGGUUUCAAGGCACAAGAAAAUGUAGCUGAUAAGAAUGCACCAAGCUCUAUACACCAUGAAACUCGAUAUUUUGGUCGUGCUAGGGGGCUGUUAUAGCAUCGUCGCGCAGCGUUUCUAAUGUAUUUUUCAAUAUUCGCGUCAUCAGAAGCAUUUUUAUUUUAUUUUAUUACUCGGCUCAGUCCUUGUUUUAGAAUAGCACUUGACGUAUAUCUUUAAAAAGCACUAAUAUCGAUCGCGUGUUUUAAAAUGCAACAGUAUGUUCUUAGAGCCUAAAAAUGCGUGUCUUAUGCGGCUUAUCUGGGAAGUUGUUGUCAUGGUAAUCAUGGUGAUCAAAGUUGUCAUGGUAAUCGCGGUUAUCAUGGUGAUCAAAGUUGUCAUGGUAAUCGCGGUUAUCAUGGUGAUCAAAGUUGUCAUGGUAAUCACGGUGAUCAAAGUUGUCAUGGUAAUCACGGUUAUCAUGGUGAUCGAAGUUUUCAUGGUAAUCACGGUUAUCAUGGUGAUUAAAGUUGUCAUGGUAAUCACGGUUUGUAUGUUAGCGUUGUGGUCUGAUGACAUAGCAACCCUAUAAAUGGCCUGCCUGUCUUCUUUGGUUAAAUGAAAACUGAAUAAGACUAUAUGACUGUAAUAGCGUCGUAGCGUUGAUGACUGUACGUUAAUCUUACAAGAUCAAGGUAAGCUUUAUCUAACAGUAGAAAUAGAAUAAGAGAAGUUUGUAUUCGUGUAAUGAUCGUAGUGAAAUAUAAUUUGCAGCUAAACUUC